AAUAAUAAAUAUGGCGUCGCUGCUUUGUGUACUGCUUGCUGUCAAAUUUCAGUGCAAUAAAUAGAAAGACUGCAAUUUAUUUCAUAAUAUUAGUAAAAUAUAUGCGAUUGUUACGGUGUUAGUGCAAAAUUAGAGCUAAGCAUUGAUAAUGUAAUAAAUAUUCAUACAUGAAGUGCGUUUUUAUUGAAAAACUUUGAAGGAGACCAAUGAAUAACAAUGAUAUCGAACCGAGAAGAGGGCCCAGUGUACUACAGGGAGAUACAGAAGAAUGCAUAUCUCAAGCGCAUCCCUAAUGAGCCGAGCGGCAAGCUCAGGCCACUCGGGCAUAAGAAACCACCUUUCAAAGCGAUGUGGACGCUCUUCUGUGUUCACAACGGCCGAACGCCGUUCCUCGAACAGUACCCGAGCCCCGAGUCCCCGGCCACGUUAACCCACAAGCCCGCUUGGCGCGCCUGCCUCAAGACAGCUAGGCAUGUGACUGCGAGUGUCAAGCCACAUACUGGCGACGAAUAUGACUUUCUUGUGGAUACGGACCAGGGUCCAGUACGAAUGCUGGCACCUGACUGGGAAUCCAUGCAAGACUGGGUAACGCUCCUCCGCAACAAACUUCACGAGCUAAAGAUCCUCUCGAAAGGCGAGAAUGUGUACACCGCUCCCUCGGCCCCGGCCGUCCCGCCCGCGCCCCGCGCCGGCACGCGGGACCCCACCUCCCCGUUGCCACCCACCCCGCCGGUACCCCCUGACAGGUAUGUUUACACCGCUCCCUCGGCCCCGGCCGUCCCGCCCGCGCCCCGCGCCGGCACGCGGGACCCCACCUCCCCCCUGCCGCCCACCCCGCCGGUAUGUUUACACCGCUUCCUCCGCCCCGACCGUCCCGCCCGCGCCGACACGCGGGACCCCACCUCCCCCCUGCCUCCCACCCCGCCGGUACCCCCUGACAGGUAUGUUUACACCGCUCCCUCGGCCCCGGCCGUCCCGCCCGCGCCCCGCGCCGGCACGCGGGAUCCCACCUCCCCCCUGCCGCCUACCCCGCCGGUAUGUUUACACCGCUCCCUCCGCCCCGACCGUCCCGCCCGCGCCGACACGCGGGACCCCACCUCCCCCCUGCCUCCCACCCCGCCGGUACCCCCUGACAGGUAUGUUUACACCGCUCCCUCGGCCCCGGCCGUCCCGCCCGCGCCCCGCGCCGGCACGCGGGACCCCACCUCCCCCCUGCCGCCCACCCCGCCGGUACCGCCUGAUAGAGUACCGGGCAUAGAGCUAACCGUCCCCUCCAGAGCAAUCGAACCCGAACACCACCACAAUGAGCAGCCCGAAGAACCAGCACCAACCAUGGAGCCGGCCAUAGAGCCCAUAGACAUCUCUCACUGGGACGAGCCGGAGCCCUUCACAUCUCUACCGAGCACUAGUCAGGAUAUACCAAAGACAACCAAGAUAUGUGGGCAGAAUAUUUGCUUGGACGAUUCGGUGCUGAGAAGGAACAAUACGGAUAGCGAUGAAGAAUUCUUCGCGGAAAUCGACCGGAUAAGCGAGGAAGUGGAGAAUACCGGAGAAGAAGUGAAGGAAUACAAGCAGACUGUGGUUGUUGAGGCUACUGCUGAAGAAACACCGAGCGACUACCAAGGCACAAACAUAACCGUGAUACAAGUAUCAAACAAGGAGCCCCCGCACACCGCCAUACCCGUCCUCGGCCCCGACACAGACAUCUUCAACUUUGACCUACAACAACUCUCCGUUGAACCCAAAGAAAACUACAUCAACAUAGUCAACACAGAAACAGAACAGAAUGGCUACGGAACGGUUUAUAAAGAAUCAGACUACGGACAUAUUAGUUUAACAACCACCGUCAACUUAAACGGAGACAAGAGUAUAUAUGAACGGUUAUGCCAAGCAUCAACAUCAACGGAGCGAUCACCUUUGCCUGUCCGAAGGCUAAAAGCUUUAGAAAAAGUUAGGAAAUCAUCGCUACCCAACAUGGAGACGUAUGAGUAUUUGUACCCGAGCAAUUCUAGCUCAAAUCAAGUGCAAGUGGAUGUGAAUAGUGGUCAAAAUUGUGUGAACAGUGGUAAUAAUUGUGUGAACGGUGGUAAUAAUUGUGUGAACGGUGGGAACUCUGUGACUGUGAAUGUGGAUUCUAGUGUUAGGGUGGUGAGGCCGCCGAGGCCGGUAGAGAGAUCGCAUAGCAAUGCUUGUGAGAGGAUUCAGAGUCCGAAGAGAGAGAGAAAUGAUAAAAACCAAGACGGCAGUCAAGGCAAGCCGAUAUGGAAGCGUGGUUUAACGGAGCUGUCUUUGCUCAGCCGGUUGCGAGGGCUAGGGCAGGGGCGGCGCCAGGACAGCCCUACAAGAUACGAGGAAGACAGGAGCGCUACAGUGGCAGUGAAAGUGGUGCGGCGCUCGCGGCCCGAGGGCAGGGUCGACGGGACGAGACGGAGAAGCAGCUCGCUCAGCAACGAUCACUCCCCCCCAUCCCGCCUACCACCCGGCCUCCGACCGUUGCGACAGCGACAAGCCGCCGCUCUGCGGGCCGAGCAACGCCGCGGGGCGGCCGUAGCUAGCAGCAUACCUAUAGCCCACCCGCCCACGUUCGUAGAUUACAAUAGGAUGGUGUGGGUGGCGAAGUGGGGCGGGUCGGGCGCGUGGUGCGGGGGGCGGGCGGGGGACCGCGUAGCGGCGCUGCGCGGCCUCACGCCGCGAGACGCCGCACACGCCAGGACGCUCUUUAAGGAGGCACGCACCAGAACGGUGGAUAUAUUGUUUCAUCGCGUCCCGCUCGGCAAGAUAUAUGUAUUAAAUAAACGAGACCACGAGAAAUUAGGUAUAAAGCUGGACAGCGAAUGCAACAUAACGAGCGUCGAACCGCACUCGGUGUGCGCGCGCGCCGGGCUACCGCCACCGGGCCGCUGGGCCCUCACUGAGGUCAACAACCAACCGCUCAGCCUGCUCAAGGGUUGCGAAGAAGAGAUGAACCGCAUAUCCGCCCACGGAACUGAAGUAUCAGUUCUUAUUCAACCAUCAGCCCUUGUCAAGAAAAUACGCGCCGCGCUCAAGCCAAACAAGACUCUACUGGGCUUGAGAUGAGGCUCAAAAUCUAAUAGCACGUAAAUAAUAUUUUGGUUGUUUUUUUAGAAAUGGGUGGAUCAACUAUUUCUUGUUGUUUUACCGUCCCGUCAGCCAGGAGAACAGUAGCACAGUUUGUUAGAACAAAUUGUACACACCUUUUGACACGCUUGGUAGAUGACCCUUUAUGAAAAAGGGUUUGUAAAUACAAAAAAAGCGUGUUUGGUGAAUUUAAAUCCCUAAAAAUCAGGUUUUAGAGUGACCCAGGAGAACGUAACGUACGCAACGAGUGACGAGAAAAAGUUGAAUCACCCAAAUAAGGCAGCACAGUUAAUGAAGAUUUUACAAUUUUCAUAAUUAUUAUAGCAAUGAUGCUUGACAGGUGAAACUGAAACUAAAUGAUCAUAAUAAUGUGAAGAGCCAAUGUGCUAAAAAUCUUUGAUGUCGGAUUUUUGCUUUUGAAAAUACGCGCAAAUUCAACAGCACAGUGAAUGGAGAUUUAACAAUUUUCAUAAUUAUGUAAGUAAUUAUAUUUGACAGGUGAAACUGAAGCUAAAUGAUCUUAAUAAUGUAAAUAACUAAUGUGCUAAAAAUCUCUAAUGUCGGACUUUUAGUUUAGAAAAGUUUAUUUGACUUAAGAUAUGGUUUAUAAUGGUAUGACAUGUCACAGUUUGGUUAUGCUGGCAGCAAUUGU